AUGCAGCGAGAGCGUGAGAAGCAAGCUGUUUUUUUUCGGCGAAGGAAGGCUGCUUCUGAAGAAGUUGAAAAGAAGAUCAAACAAAUCACGAAUGGAGACAACCUUGCCGAAGAAGAGGUCACGAGUCGCCAACAUUUGCUGGACGUGAGGAAAGCGUCGGUGGACAUGACGGAGGGCUACAAGGCUUUGAUUGAAAAGAAUCAAAACGCUCUCACACACGUCCUUGUGGCAUGCACAAACCACAAAGGUAUGGCUGACAAAGCUAUCUCGUCCCUGGAAGCAGAGGUAAACAAGGUGGAGCUUUGAUGUGAAUGUCUACCUUCCGGUAACUUUUUAGCCAUCCAAGCCAUAACUUACUGGACACGCAAAUAUUGUAGGAGUAAAGAAGAAAGUGGUUUUAUUAUGCA